AUGGAACAAUCGCCGGCCAAGAAGAGAAAGAAGAACAAUACUCAAGCCUCGCCUAUACCGACUCGUAGUCUCGACUACUUCUUCGGCAGGCAACGAGCAGACACAGCUCCGACAAAGCAGGCUGCAGCCGAGACUCAUGCACGGAAAGGAGAGGAGGGCAAUGACACCGAUAGCGUACCUCUGACCGACGAAGAGCUUGCGCGCAGUCUGCAGCAGCAAUUUGACGAAGAAGAUCGACGCCAGCAGCGAGAGACUACCCCAACAGCGACCCUUCCCCAGAAAGCAGGAAACGAUACUGAUAUCCCGGCCGCUGCUCACAAAUCGGAAGAUGACAGGGAAGCCUUCCUUCGCUCGGUCAAUCAGCCUCCAGUCGCCACGCUCCUGCCGAAGGAGACAACCGGCACAGCGCCACCAACAGCUUCCAAGCACGUCCUAGGACUAAAGUCGACCGCCUCAGCGGAGGAUACCGUCACCUUGACCAUUCCUUUCGACCAAAGCCCUUUGACCUUCAGACCGGCGGACUACAUUCCGGAGCUGAAGAAGCAUUGGGCAGCCGAUGGAGGGGAUGCAUCCUAUGCACUUCUGACUCGUUGCUUCGUCCUUGUGAACUCAACACAGUCGCGCAUAAAGAUCGUCGACAACUUGGUCAACUGCAUUCGACUGCUCAUUGAGGGCGAUCCCAGUAGCCUUCUGCCGGCCGUAUGGCUCGCCACGAACUCGAUAUCGCCGCCAUACAUAUCUCUCGAGCUCGGACUUGGCGGCUCAGCCAUCUCAAAAGCUCUCAAGAAAGUAUGUGGACUGGAUGGGCCUGGCUUGAAGAAUCUCUACGACAAGCACGGCGAUGCCGGCGACGUUGCUUUCGAGGCUAAGAAGCGGCAAUCCUUCACCUUGCGAAAACCAAAGCCACUGUCGAUCAAGAGUGUUUACCAGCUUCUUGUCAAGAUCGCCAACAGCAAAGGCACAGGCAGCGUUGAGCAAAAGCAGAGGUCUGUGGAGCGCCUUGUCCAGGAUGCCAGAGGUGCGGAAGAGAGCAGAUAUAUUGUGCGUACGCUGUGCCAGCAUCUGCGCAUCGGUGCCGUGAAAACGACCAUGCUGAUCGCCUUGGCGCGAGCGUUCAGUCUUUCGAAACCUUCAGAUGCGGAUAUUCCACUGCAGGAUAUGGAUCAUCUGAAGAAGCUAAAGAAGGAGGAGCUGACAGCGGUAUGGCUGAAGGCAGAGGAAGUUGUCAAGGGCUGCUUUGCGCGCCGCCCAAACUAUAACGAUCUGGUGCCUAUGCUACUAGAAGUCGGGGUCUCGGACGAGCUCAAGCUUCGAUGCGGCCUCGCACUGCAUAUACCACUGCGUCCCAUGUUGGGCAGCAUCACGCGAGACCUUAGCGAGAUGCUCACGAAGCUGCAGGGACGAGAUUUCAGCUGCGAGUACAAGUAUGAUGGACAGAGAGCACAGGUUCACUGCGAUGACGACGGCAAAGUGUCAAUUUUCUCGCGCCAUCUCGAAGUCAUGACGGAUAAAUAUCCCGAUCUGGUUGCUCUGGUACCCGAUAUUCGCGGAGACGGCGUUUCCAGCUUCAUUCUCGAAGGCGAAGUGGUCGCAGUCGACCAGUCUUCUGGCGAUCUCAAGACAUUCCAGACCCUCACAAACCGAGCACGCAAGGACGUUGACAUCAACACAAUCCAAGUUGAAGUCUGUCUCUUUGCAUUUGACCUGAUGUAUCUCAACGGACAGUCAUUGCUGGACCGACCGUUUAGAGAAAGAAGAGGCUUGCUCAGAAGCAUGUUCAUCGAGCGAGAGUAUCGGUUCACAUGGGUGAAGAACCUGGACGCCACAUCAGCGGAUUCGGAGACCGUGCUUGAGUUCUUCAAAAGUGCAACAGACGUCAAAUGCGAAGGCAUCAUGGUCAAAGUUCUGGACAAUCUUCCUAAUCCUGAGCUCCUGGCCCCCGAGGCCGACGAGGACACACCGCCAGCCCCAGCUCCAACAACACCGGUGAAGACCAAGAAGGGCACCACCAAAAAGUCCACCACCACGAAAGAAGAAGAUAAAGAGAAAGGCACCCGCCGCAAAGCCCUCCUUGCGACCUACGAACCCGACAAGCGCCUCGACUCCUGGCUCAAAGUCAAAAAGGACUAUGCCACCUCCGCCGACACAAUCGACCUAAUCCCGGUCGCCGGCUGGCACGGUCAAGGCCGUAAAGCGAAAUGGUGGUCUCCCAUCCUCCUCGCCUGCCGCGAUCCCAUCUCCGGCUCCCUGCAGGUCGUCACGAAAUGUAUCUCCGGCUUCACCGACAAGUUCUACCAGGCGAACAAGGACUUCUACAGUGAGGAUGGAGAGCACACUCACAAGUACAAGCCGGAUUACAUCGAGUAUGGAGGGCAUCCGGAUGUGUGGUUCGAGCCGCAGGAGGUGUGGGAGAUGGCGUUUGCGGAUAUCACGCUUAGUCCGACGUAUACGGCGGCGAUAGGCCUGAUCAGCGAAGAGCGAGGGCUCAGCAUGCGCUUCCCACGUUUUCUCAAGGUGCGUGAGGACAAAAGUAUAGAAGAGGCGAGCACGUCGGACUUCUUGGCCGGACUGUACAGGAAGCAGGAGGCGAGGAUUGAGAAGGAGGGAGGGCGGGUUGAGCCUGUGGAUGAUCUGGAGGAUGAAUGA